AUGGGAAGCAUAAAGAAAUAUAAAAAGGGUGCACACUUUUCACCGCUUCGAAAUGGAUCAAAUGAGAUAUACAACUCGGAGAUAUACCAAAUUAGGAGAGAAAUAUUUUCACAUAAGAAAAUAAAAGAUACACUCGAAAGGAUAAUAAUUAAGAGAGUCACUCAGGGACAUCUCAAUCAAUACAAUAGCUUUUGCUACCUUUACAGCCUUGACGAAAUAUAUGAACAACUCACUAAACUGCAAAGACUUUAUGAUCAGUGUGAAAAUGUGGAGGAUCUACCGAAGCUGUUCGGAUUGCCCAUCAUUUUAAAAGACAAUAUUUGCACAAAGAAUAUCCCAACCACAUGUGGGAGCAAAAUUUUAGAAAAAUAUAAGCCGUCCUAUGAUAGCACUGUUGUGAGAAGGUUGAAAAAACAUGGAGCUGUAAUUGUGGGGAAAACACAUAUGAACGAAUUUGCAAUGGGAUCCUGUACUGGAGGAAUGGGCGUAAAGAAUCCCUUUAAUGAAAAUGAGCUAUCUUGUGGUGGAUCUUCUGGUGGAUCGGCUAGUUGUGUCGGUUCUAGAAUUAUAAACUGCUCAGUAAAUACAGACACAGGUGGAUCUAUUCGAAGCCCAGCUGCGCUAUGUGCAUGCAUAGGGAUGAAGCCCACGUAUGGAAGGAUAAGCAGAUAUGGCAUUAUCCCCUAUAAUGAAGAAACCGAUGUUGUAGGACUCAUAGUUAAUAAUGUGUAUGACUGUAGCAUCCUCUUGGAUGUCCUUUCCGGAGCAGAUAAAAACGAUUUAACUACCCUCAAAGGGAAAGAAAAAAAAUUCCAUUUCAAGUUAAAGAAGUAUGAAGCUUCUCUCAAUUUUCAAGAAAAUAAAUGCCCACUGAAAAAUUUCAAAUUUGGCUACCUAAGUGAGAAAAUUUUAAAAAAUUAUUUUGUCGAUGAUCUCACAUAUCAAAGUUAUUUGCAAGUCAUGCACAACAUAGAAAAAAUGGGAGGAAUUCUGAUGAAUACAGACCUGCAUGAAUUAAGUGACUACUGCUACUUGUACUAUCUAUACUCUAUGACCAUUGCAAAUAGUAACCUUUCGAGGAUUAAUGGGAUCAACUACAACCUUCAGAAUGUACUCGGAAAAUCCAAUUUCGUUAGAGAAGUAAGAUCCACUUUGAUAAAUGAAAAGGUGCUAACGAGAAUUAUCGGUGGAUCCAUAAUCUCGUCACGAUUUCAAGGAGGGUCUUUACGACACACGUUCGCAACUGCGAAGGGGAGAUUAACUAGAGCGGUUGAUAUAAUUUUGGGACAUGUAAAUUUCUUGUUGCUUCCCUCCUUGCCAAGGUCAAACAAUUUGAAGGAGUCGGUAGGCACCCCUCAUGGGGGUAUGUCCGACCCACAAAAGGAUACAACUCAGAAGGAGCAGCAUUCUUCAAUCAGUCCACCUGUUACGCGUGCCUUCUGUGAAAUUCCAUCCCCCCCUGAGGGAUACAACAACUACAUGAAGGAAAUUUUCUCAGUCGUGUCGUCAAUCACAGGACUCCCAAGCAUCGUGAUUCCAACGGGGGAGUUUACCCCACAGUUGAAUGAACCCCAGUCGUUUCAGUUGCUAGGCAGAAGCUUGAACGAAGCGGGGCUGCUCAAA